UUACACUUUAGCAGGAUCAAGGAAGCAGAGGAGAGCAUUCAUGCGAAGGAGGUUGGGAUUUGACGGACAUUUAGGACAAACCAUGUGAGAGAAGAGUUUACAGCACUGGCACUGUGAGAAAAGAGAUGUCUGGGAAGUGCUUUACACUCUGUGACCUCUUUUGAACUGGUUACCUUUUUUAAAAGAGCCAUGUGAAGAAUUGCCUGAUGGAAGAGUGAACUGGCAGUGGAUGAGCUUAUGUAAACAUUUUCUACUGAGAUACCAACAGCAGCACUGUCUCAGUGGCCCUGUGCCUGAGGAGGAGGUCACCAUGAUCUCCACAGCUCUCCGCUGGCUGGUCCUGGUGUCUUUCAUCAUUCUGACCAUUGGUGGGAACGUGCUGGUGUGUUUGGCUGUGGGGCUCAGUCGCCGACUAUGGCGCAUUGCUAACUGCUUUGUGGUGUCCCUGGCAGUGACAGAUCUCCUGCUAGGCCUGCUGGUGCUGCCCUUCUCCGCCACUGUGGAGCUGCGCAGCGGGAAUUGGCCCCUCGGAGGAGCCCUAUGUAACAUCUACAUCUCACUGGAUGUCAUGCUGUGUACAUCUUCCAUCCUGACCCUGCUGGCCAUCAGUGUGGACCGAUACCUAGCUAUUUCAGCUCCCCUUAGCUACUCCCAGAGAGUUACUCCUCUAAGGGUGACCCUGGCCAUGAUCGCCAUCUGGGCCUUGUCACUAGCUGUGUCCUUUGUGCCCAUCCACCUGGGCUGGAAUACAGCGGACUACUUAGUGCAACACUUGGACUGGGACAUGGGGGAUGAGGACAAGGAGGGACGCUACUGCCAGUUUGAAUGGAAUAACAACUAUGUUCUCAUUUACACGUUUGGCUCAUUUUACCUGCCUCUGCUGCUUAUGUGUGGAAUGUAUCUUUGCAUAUUCAGAGUGGCACGAGAACAGGUGCGGCGUAUUCGAGCUGCCACUCCAUCAUUUGCACGCACAGCAUCAACUGCAGCCAUAGCCCGAGAGCACAAAGCUACAGUGACCCUGGCAGCUGUGCUGGGGGCCUUUGUCAUCUGCUGGUUCCCCUACUUCACCUUCUUCACCUGCAUGGGCAUAAGGGAAAAGACAAACCCGCCUAAUACACUUAACUCUGUGGUGCUGUGGCUGGGCUAUUUUAACUCAGCUCUUAACCCCAUCCUGUAUCCAGCCUUCAACAGGGAUUUCCGCAGGGCCUAUGGAGAGCUGCUUCGCUGCAGAAGACUGUCUCACAGAAAACUGCAGCUUACCCGUGUGUCUGUGCAUAAACGAUUGACCUUUAUUAACGGACAAAGGGUUUUCCAACAGCCUGAGAAACAUAAAGACACAGUUAAUAAAGAAACUGAGGGAAAGAGCCUCACAUAUGAGAGGAAUGGUCCCUGAUGAGCCAAGGUAAAACGCCAUGUAUCUGUAGUUCCACUGCUGGACUGUAGACAAAAUGUUGUAAGCUACAAACUUCUUCCACAAGUCACAGUUCCA